AUGUCUUCGAUACUUACCACCCCUCGUAUCAUCGCACUCUCCGCUUUCAUUCACGUGACUUUAUUGUUAUAUGCCAAUCAUGUUGAUACCCACCCAGAAAGAUAUGGAGGGCUCAAGUAUACAGAUGUUGAUUGGAGAGUUGUCAGUGACGGAGCGAAACUCAUCUUCUCUCCCACUUUGGAAAAUCGAGCACAGGGAUGGUUAGUCAACAAACUAGAUCUGAACUUUGGCAAUCCAUACGAAAGAGCAACAUUCCGCUAUACUCCCCUCCUCCCACUUCUUCUCUCGCCAAGUAUCUUACAUCCCUUCCUUGGGAAACUCAUACUUGUCGUUGCUUCUCUCAUCAUCCCUAUACUUCUCUUACGAUUGAACCAAAUACGAAAUCCUUUAUUUUGGCCAACUCACUUGAUAUGGACUCUCAACCCAUUCGUAUUAAACAUUACCACUCGAGGAUCACCCGAAGCGAUCAUCUGUCUCUUAGUCACCGCCCUUCUCUUUAGUCUGAAAUCUGCCGAAUCAACCUCCCUCUCUAAGGACCGAAGUCGACCGACUCGUGCGGCUGUCUUACUCGCAUUGGCAGUAUCGUAUAAGAUAUAUCCUCUGAUAUACGUUCCGACCAUAUGGGCUACACUUGCUAGACGGUAUGGAUGGUUCGGUUGGGGAGUUUGGAGAUUUGGUAUGGUCACUUUGAUCAGUAUGAUCAUCGUGAAUGGAUUGUUAUGGUCAAUAUGGGGUCAACCUUUUCUUGAUCACACUUUUCUUUACCAUCUCACUCGUUUAGAUCAUAGACAUAAUUUCUCACCUUACUUUUACCCCAUCUAUCUAUCCUACUUUCCCACUCAGAAUGGUAUCUCAUCGUCAUGGCCACAUUCAUGGAUCAAACCGAUGCUAUUCCUGUUGGAACAUCCGCUCAUAAGCUUUUUACCACAAGCAACUUUGAUGCUCCUAGUUGGAUUUGCUUUUGGGUCAUUGGAAGGUGGAUUAGAAUUAGGAAUGUUUGUACAAACUUGGGGGUUUGUGAUAUUCAAUAAAGUCUGCACUUCUCAGUACUAUACCUGGUUUCUACCUCUUCUUUCACCUCUCAUCCCUCAUCUUCAUAUAACCUCGCGACGCGCCAUUCUGCUCAGUACCAGCUGGAUCACCGCUCAAGCUCUAUGGCUCGGGAUGGCUUAUCAACUUGAAUUUCUCGGUUGGGCCGUUCAUCUUUGGGUAUGGGCAGCGGGGUUGGUGCUUGUCGCAGUCAGCGUAUGGGUCUUAGGGGAGAUCAUCUCUGCGUAUACACUGCGUCCAGUUAUGAAGACUGAAUAA